UGAGCGCAGUGCAACCAUAUAGAUGUCUUGUCUUGGAUUCUUCCCCUGGCAACCUUUGGAGGACCGUUAUAGUCAGAAUGAGGAAUACUACGAAUAUGUGAAACAAGAAUAAAAACAAUCGAUGUGACUUUUAAAGAUGACUACUACCAGCACAAGGUUAUGCUUAUAAAUCUGCCGAGAUUAUCGACUGGGGGUCGUAGUUGCGCUCUCAUCAACAUUGGCCAAAACUUCAUUUUAUUUGUGAAGUGAAAAAAAUAUAGAUAUAUAUUAAUGGAAUAGACCUCGUGUGAAAGAAAGACAAGUGACUGCCUUUUUCCACGGGGAGGAGGACUACAGGAAGGUUACCAAAUCACAGCUUAUCAUACACCUUCCAACCUCCGAGCGCCCUCCACUCUCUGUUGUGCGCUUAGAGGUUCACAAAAUGGAGAAUAAAACAAACGGGAAGAUGGGCACCAACAGUACUUCGGUCGCUGAUUCCAUCGAAACAAGCCUAAGUGACGUGAUUGAAGCUGGAUACAGUAGGUCGAAUACAAAAUUGCCGGCCGAUUCACGGUUUCUAAAUUGCAUGUCCUCUGUGCGUAAUUUUGGAAACGUUAACACACUGAUCCAAGGUCUUAAUUCAAGCCCUGACUGCGCAGUUUUUAAAGACUGUAACACAGUCGAUCCUUCACUUGGAGCAAAACAUUUUUAUGACCGUAACAGAGACUAUCUUAAAUGUGAUGGUGUUCCGUGGGAGGAUUUUGUUAAACUUCAGAGGACAAACGUGGCCGCAUCCGAAAGUUUACCAGGCGCAGGUCUCCCCUCUACCUCCGGGGCUUGCAAGUUCAUCAAAGAUGAAAAGGAGCCUUCUGUGAUUAUGGACAUCCCCUGUCACAACUUUGAUCCAUCACUCGAGAUUUCCGCUCUCGAUACCUGUUCUGACACCGACAGGAAGCAGCACUUAGGGCUUAGCAAAGGUGAAUCGACAAGUUUCGAUCCCAACGCGCAAACAGCUGGGCAAUUGUCGAUAUAUAAGACUGAUGUUCCUCGUUGGCAGAUGCAAGCAUCUCCAGGUGAGACCCAGUAUUGGGGACAGUCGGCGGGGGUAAACGAGGACCCGUUCAGAACUAGUGGCUACAAUGUGAUGCAGAACCAGACCCAGACUCUUCCUCAGAGGAACCCAGCUCCUUUCUCCACAUUCCCCGGUAUGCCACCCCAGAGACUGUGUAUGAUCUGUAGUGAUGAGGCAUCUGGCUGCCACUAUGGAGUCUUAACGUGUGGGAGCUGUAAAGUAUUUUUUAAAAGAGCGGUUGAAGGCCAUCACAGCUAUCUCUGUGCUGGGCGGAAUGACUGCAUUGUGGACAAAAUUCGGAGAAAAAAUUGCCCUGCGUGUCGCCUUCGAAAGUGCUAUCAAGCAGGAAUGAUGCUUGGAGGGAGGAAACUGAAGCGCUUUGGGGCCUUGAAAGACACAGGUUUGACCCCAUCUCUGAUGUUCCGGUCCCACAUGACCAUGCCCGGUGACAGCCAAGCCUUGACUCCCAUGUCUUACAUACCAGGCAUUCAUGAGCUACAAGUCUCCCAACAAAUGCUCAACAUCCUUGAAAACAUCGAACCAGAGAUGGUGUACUCUGGUCAUGACAGCUCCCAGGCUGAUGCUCCCCAUCUUCUGCUCACCAGUCUCAACAGGCUGUGUGAGAAACAGCUGAUGUGGAUUGUGAAGUGGUCAAAAUCUCUCCCAGGUUUUCGUAAUCUACACAUCAAUGAUCAGAUGACACUCAUCCAGUACUCGUGGAUGAACAUGAUGGUGUUCUCUCUUGGGUGGCGCUCCUUUCAGAAUGUCACCGGUGAACAUUUGUACUUUGCACCUGAUCUGGUUCUUAGCCAGGAGCAAAUGAGGAGAUCUCCAAUUUACGACCUCUGUCUAGCGAUACAGUUUAUUCCUCAGGAGUUUGCAAAUCUUCAAGUUACACGCGAAGAGUUUCUUUGCAUGAAAGCCAUAAUAUUGCUCAACACAGUGCCUCUUGAAGGAUUAAAAAGUCAGGCAGCAUUUGAUGAAAUGAGACAAAACUACAUCCGGGAGCUGACCAAGGCUAUUCAAAUGAAGGAGAAGGGCAUCGUGGCAAGUUCCCAGCGAUUCUACCACCUCACCAAACUCAUGGAUGCCAUUCAUGAUAUAGUAAAGAAGAUCAACCUGUUCUGUUUGAGUACCUUCAUCCAGGCAGAUGCCAUGAAAGUGGAGUUUCCAGAGAUGAUGUCAGAGGUCAUUGCCUCCCAGCUUCCCAAGGUCCUUGCUGGCAUGGUGAGGCCCCUCUUAUUCCACAGCAAAUGACAUUGCCAACACAGAUACUGCAGCUCUGUGAAGACAGCUUGUGUCUGGAUUACUCAUCCCAUUGUUACUGGAUUCUUCAGAGCCUUCAUUUUGCCAAAAUGCCUCUAAUUUGCUUGAGGUUAAACAGGAAAACCAGGUUUCUUAAAAUGUUUUUAGCAGAGACAUAUCUUGAAAAUUAUACAUUUAGAGGCAUCAAUCAAUAAAGUUCCUAUGUUUUAUUCAGGUGUAUCCACCAUUUCCAUUCCUACAAGUUGUGUAUAAAACUUGCUUUGAACAUAGUAGGUUUUAAGAAAACCAUUAGAGAUAUUUUUGUAUUCAAAACAAAUAAAAAAUAAAUACAAAAAUGCUAACAUUUUUCAAGGAAAGGUGCAGAAUAAAUUGAAAUUUGUGACUUAGGCUAAUCAAUACAGGAUACCAGCAUAGUAACUCACCAUACCUACUUAAGGAAGGUGAAACCUUUAAAAUAACUUUGUUUAAAAUAUUUAUAAGAACGAAAAGUGACCUAUGAGCCAUAUUUUCUUAACAAAACUUAGCUCACCAGCUUUAAUUUACAUCCAUAUCUGCAUCAACAUAAAUGUACAUGUAAAUAAUGGGAUCUUAAUGCGAUGCAAGUGACAACUGCAAACAUGUUUAUUACCAUUAAUGUUGCACUGUUAAGAAAUCCAGACCAUUCAGGAAAAUAACCACAUUUUCUCCUGAGUUAUCGCAACUUCUGAGUUCUUUGGCCAGGAAAUGCGACAAAUUUGAAGUAAAACAUUACUGGCUUGACAAGAUUAAAGGGUCCAAAUGUAAAAAAUAAAAUAAAAUUUAUUGUCAUGUCUUUAUGGAUAGGAAGAACACUUGAGGAGAACUUUACUGCUACAAAGCUUUAUCUCCACUCACUAACUAUAGCAAAGAAAUUUGGACAACUGGUCUAUCAUGCUUAAGUUUAUUUAUAGACAUGUUUAUGCACUGUCAGGAUACAGUAGAUGUCUCCAAGGCAUCAAACUUCCAGUAUAUAAAAGGAUGCCAAAUGUUACAUAUUUGGGAUAUGAAUAUCAUUUCAAUGAUAUAACUUGCCCCUGCAAAUUCAGACUCUAAGGGAGUACAAGUCCGGCAUCGCUGUUCAAGGCCGCUUUGCAUUCCUAACAUGUAAAAGGAAAAGAAAAGAACAUCCUGAUCUUGGCAACAGCGAAACUAAAAAUGCACUCCCAGAAACAAUUUGGCUAGCCAGAGAACCCUUUACUUCAAAGUGACCUUGUUGUUAAUUUUUCUUUUAUGCUUUUCUUAAACGGUAUCAAUGAAGUUAACUUUUUAUGUAAUUAGAAACAUUUCUUUAGAAAAAUGCUGUGACAGAAAUAGAACUUUAUUUGUUAACGCUAUGCUUGUCUAGUUGUCAUUACCAGUACACCGGUGUAUCAAGGACACUUCUCGUAACAUUCAUUUGUAACAUUAUAAAACAAACAUGUGAUAUAUAUCAUUGUGAGCAGUGUAUAGUAAUAAUAAAAAUAAUAAUGUCAUUAGAAGUAAAUAUCUUUUGAUGUGGAAUUACAGAGAAAAAGACUUACGAACUUUAAUGUACAUUACAGUACCGUGUAGCUACUGAACCAGAAAGUGCACUGCAGCAGUGAGGAGAUUCAGUGGAUGAGCAAUGAUCAGAGUACAAAAACAUGAAAAUUAAGGUGCAAACCCAUUAUACAUUUUUUUUCUAUUAGAUUCAAAUAGAUCUUCUCAUUUUAAAUCACAGCUUGUUAAAUUACAGUCAAUACAAAUGUUUAUGAGACAGCAGAUUUUCAUUAACUUCUUGAUGAAUAUGUUUUGCUAAUAUAAUGGGAAGUUAAAAUAUGAUAUUUUUCUGAGAAUAAAAUGUGUGAAAUGGGA